ACAAUUUUUGAAAAUAAAAAAUAAUUCAAAAAAUGAAUGUUAUAAAAGUGAAAUUCUUCAUCUUCGUAAGCUUCAUCCAUCGACGAUAACCACACACGCCCAAUCGAACUCUCUUCUCCAAUUCCAUUUCUCAAAACCCUAACCCUAAUGGGAUCCAUUUCCGUUCUCCUUGUAGCUAAAGUAAUCCCAUACUUAGAACAAGAACUCAACAAACGCUACAAUCUUCUUCGCAUAUGGGAUUACCCACAAAAAUCCCAACUCUUAACUCAACACUCCGCGUCAAUCCGUGCGGUGGUCGGAAAUGCUAGCGCCGGUGCCGAUGCUGAGUUCAUUGAUGCGUUACCGAAGCUGGAAAUUGUUUCGAGUUACAGUGUUGGUGUUGAUAUGAUUGAUCUUAAUAAGUGUAAGGAGAAAGGGAUUCGUGUUACGAAUACUCCUGAUGUUUUGACUGAUGAUGUUGCUGAUUUGGCUAUUGGUUUGAUUCUUGCGCUUCUUAGAAGGAUUUGUGAAUCUGAUCGAUAUGUUAGAAAUGGAAAUUGGAAGAGUGGUGACUAUAAAUUGACCACUAAGUUCUCUGGGAAAACCGUUGGCAUUAUUGGGCUGGGAAGGAUUGGCACAGCAAUUGCCAAGAGAGCUGAAGGUUUUAAUUGUCCAAUAAGUUACUUUUCUAGGACUCAAAAGCAGGAGUCAAAAUACAAGUAUUAUCCAAGUGUUGUUGAGUUAGCAUCCAACUCUGAUAUACUAGUCGUUGCCUGUCCUCUUACAGAGGAGACCCAUCACAUCAUCAACCGGGAGGUCAUUAAUGCGCUUGGUCCGAAGGGUUACCUAAUUAACAUUGGCCGUGGUAAGCAUGUUGAUGAGCCCGAGCUAGUCUCUGCGUUGCUUGAAGGUCGUUUGGGUGGAGCUGGACUCGAUGUGUUUGAAAACGAGCCUCAUGUUCCCGAAGAGCUAUUUGGGCUAGAAAAUGUUGUCUUGUUGCCUCAUGUUGGAAGCGGCACGGUAGAAACUCGAACUGCCAUGGCUGACCUUGUUCUUGGAAACUUGGAGGCUCAUUUUCUUGGAAAGCCUCUGUUAACUCCCUUGGUUUAAUCUACAUGCCCCUGUUGAACAAUGGACAUUUGGUUUAUUGGCCAUUGACCUAGAAAAUUUGAUGGAAUGGCCUCCAUUUAGUUACAUCAUCAAUUAAUGAUUCUUGUGAUAAGGAAUUGAUGAUUGUGAGAGCUUCAGAUAUUUAUAUUGGUGCUUCAGCAAUUGUUGUAAAGAAUAAUAAGUCAGUUCAUCUUAAUCGUGCGACAUCUAGGCAAUAAUUUGGUUGAAAUUGCUUUUGUUAUUA